AUGAUUUUCAACGCAAGAAUCAUGAAGUUACUCAAUUCCUCAACCCCUGUCAAUGAGUUUCACAACGUUCGGGACUUUCCAACAGUGGAAACUAACAGUGUUUCCGCGCCAAAUCUUGAUGUUCUCUAUUCUUAUGGUGUUCUGGACUUGUCAGAAACGGACGUAGUUCUCACUGUUCCUGAGAUUGAACAGAAACGAUUCUGGAGCUUUGUGGUUUAUGACUUGUAUGGAAAUUCUGUUGGCGAGAUCAGUAAUCUUCUUGGUCAUCAGGCUGGCAAGUAUCGUCUACUACGGGACUACGAUAAUCCAGUCGGGCUUUCCAACGAAAAUAAUUCCAACUACCAGGGAACCAUUCGAGUCUCAACGGCCUAUGCCACUAUUGCUGCCAGGCUUGGUAUUUUGGAAGUCACCACGGAAGAUCUGAACACUCUCCGCUCUUACCAGGAUGCCAUGGCGCUCGCCAAAGUCGAAAUAACUGCCUCUACCGCCGUACCGUCUUUGGAAAAGAUGGAGAUACCCGACUCCGUCUCUGGUGUCGACGAACAGUUCAGGCUCGCAGCCAGACUCUUCCCUUUCAACCCCCCCCAGACGAUCUCGGACCGCGAGCGCGUUGGUGGGAUCCUAUCCAAAGCUGGUCUCAUCAAUGGCACUUAUCUUCCUCAGACUGGUAUCGAUUUGGAAGAAGCAUCCACAAUUGCCAACAACUCUGUUACAGCAGCCAGUGCAAAUCUUGCUAAUAUGGUGGAGCUUGGCAAGAACUGGACCAUACCAAAGCCUUCGUUCCAAGGCAACUUCGGGACCAACUACGACAGUCUGGUGUCAAAGUCUGUCUACUACCUUCAGACUCAAGCGCUAGCUAUACUGCCCGACGGACCCUUGAGUGGUACCGUCAGGUUUAAUACCAGCACGUCCGUAUUGAUCACCUUCGAUUCCAAGCCAUCAAUCAUUGGGUCCGGUUUCUGGAAUAUCGGAACCUAUGACGAUAAUCUACAACUUGUUCCAAACGAGAUUGAUAGAUACGCAAUUAGUUCCAGUUCGCCAGACAUUCAAUAUACCAACGGCGGGCAGGUUUAUGGGUCCAAUGCCACUUUUGGGGACGGUGCUUUCCAGGUCCUGUUGCAAGUCUCAAGCCUGCCUCCGCCAGCGAACUGGACUGGAAAUUGGUUACCUGUAGCGGAGUCUGGUCAAGUCACCUUCCGCAUGUACGGACCCGCAGAGGCAAUGAAGGAUGGUUCUUACGCUUACCCAACAGUUGAAUGGAUUCCUGCCGUCAAGGCGUAA